UAAAAAAUCUCAAUUCUAAGUCCCGCCAUUGUCUCCGGUGAUCUUCUUCCCCACUACUUCACCACCACAAUGCAUCAUCCUUCUCUUCUCUUCUUCAUCCUUCCCUUAAUUCUUCCACUCUCCGCCUCAUGGCCGCCGUCCCAUCAGUCCCACUUCACCAAACACCGCCGAAAGUCCACUGCGCCACCCCAGGAAUACGUUGAAGUCACACGCCCCCUCCCCACCGACUCCCUCCCCCCCUCAUGCACGCUCCUUAUUCUCUCCCACAGCUUCGGCAACACCACCGAUCUCCCCCCCACCAACACUACCUACUCUCCUCCACCUGACUGCACCUGGUCCCGUGCCGUCCUCCACCUCUCCGCCUCCGCCAAUGGAUCCCAGCACGACCGCAUGGCCGCCGUAUGGCUCUCCGAGGCCGAACUCCUCCGCACGAGCACCCCCGCACCCUCCGCCGACGGUGUGUUAUGGAAUGUUCGGAAGGACGUCACUAGAUACUCCUCCCUCCUCCGACAAUCCAACCUCACUCUCUCUGUCAUGCUCCAGAACUCCGUCACCGACAUUUACACCGGCUUCUACGCAGUCAACCUGACUGUUCUUUACUACAGCAUUGCCGGUAAUGCUAACACCAUUAACGCCGGCAGCCUCCCCAUAUCUCUGUUCCCGCCAAAUCAAAAGCCAACCACCGGGAAAUUUCAAAGUGGCCCACCACCGCCAAAGCCGAAAAAUCCUUUGAAAUUGGAUGAAAAUCCGGCAGAUCAAAUCAUCCCAAUAUCCGCAACUGGGGAAGAAGGGUUCUGGUUCAAAAUCGAAAGCGGAUUGGAUGCAGUUCACCAAGGAAUUCAAAUCCCAUUGAACACAUACAGAGCUGUGAUUGAGGUUUAUGUUUCCUUCCACGGGAACGAUGAGUUCUGGUACAACAACCCCCCAGACACCUACUUUGAGUCGAAUGGCUUGCCCAAAACAGGAAGCAAGGGAGCGUAUCGUGAAGUCCUGGUGAAGCUUGACGACGAUAUAAUCGGAUCAGUAGUCCCAUUCCCAGUGAUCUUCGGUGGAGGGAUCAAUCCUCUGUUCUGGGAGCCUGUGGUGUCAAUCGGGGCGUUUGAUUUGCCUUCUUAUGAAUUCGAAUUGACCCCAUUUCUGGGCUUGUUGCUUGACGGGAAAGUGCACUCUUUCGGGUUCGGAGUGGCUGAUGCUCUUUCGUUUUGGCUACUCGACGCGAAUUUGCAUUUGUGGUUAGAUAAUGGAGCGGUUAAGGUUCAGGCAGGGGCUAUUAAGUUCGAGAGCCCGAGUAGUUGCCUGGAACGUGAGUCCAAUUUCCGGCAGCUCGACGGGGAGUUUGAAAUCGAAGCGAAAAGGGAGAACGAAUUCAAGGGGUGGGUGUACUCAUCCGCCGGGAAUUUCACCACCUCCGUUUUCACUGAACUGGAGUUCGAGAACAAGGUAAAGUUGAACAAGAACGGAACAGAGAAGGAAGUGGAGCAGGACGUGAAGGAGACGAAGAGAGUGGAGAUAAAAGACUACAAGGGGAACGUCGUUUCAACUCUGAGAGUGGAGAGGAAGUACCCUCUGAGAAUAAGAUCGUCCAGCCUGCCUGGAGCGAGGAGGAACACUUCCUUGGUGACGACGAAGCUGGAACAGGAGGUGAAGGAGCAGGAAGAAGACGGCAACUCCAAGAUCAGUUUGGUUAACAGACUGAAGUCGAGCGGGUGGAUGUUUGCGCAGGGCGAGGAUGUGUUGUCCGGUGCAGCAACCACUUCUCAGAAAUACCAAUUGCAGGGCAGUGUUUGCUAUACUCGUCGGGUUCUGGCCAACAAUGGCGUCAUCCAGACUGAUACAGAGGGAUUUCUCUGUCAAACAGCUACUUCUUGAUUAAUCUCUCUCUCUUCUUGUGUAACAUUUGGGCUGUUGUGAGUCGUGUUUUCUGUGGAUGUUUUAGUAGUUGUAUAAGAGCAUGCAUAUGCUGUCCAUGGGAGCUUGCAAGUUUCCAAUAAAGCUGUUGGAGUUUUGUUCGCC